AUGGGAGACGGAGAUCGUGAUGGUGAAAACUUCAUCGAUUCCUUUUUGGAUGAUUUCUGUUGUCUUGUGUCACGGUUUUUGAAAAUCUCAUGCCGCACACGUGUUGGCUUAGUUCCCGCACCUCCCCCCGCAUCGCCAUCAUCGUCUUCCCCUUCGUUUAUCAAGCCAGUGACCGAUGCGACUCAUGUGGAAGAGCAGCUGGACGCGGCGGACUCAAUGCUCCGCCUGAUGAGUGAGGCGAAACCACGAGUCAAGACUAGUGAGAAAAAGGCAGAUUUUCCCACAGAGAGCGCCGUAUUUCUCUUACGACUACGCUCACUUUUAGAGAGGCAAUUGAAUCAAGAUCAGCAGUCAGAUGUACUUCCUUCUACGUCGAAGACGAGAUGUAGUACAAGGGGUGAAAGCCCAUCAGGAGGCGAAUCGAAAUUCUCUCACACCUGUUUAGAUGCACCUUGCAGACGUGUUCGCAAACAUUUGCACCGAUUCCCCAAUGCCGUGGUUGGGGAUAUCAGGGGCACGAGCGCGUUAAAUCGGAGGAUAGCCACUGAAGAUGCUGAGUGCCAGACAGAGUUUUCGGACAUGUUCUCAAUGGGGCAUGAACCUAGCUCAUUGGGUCAAGGUGUAGCAGUUCAUCUUAGAAGGAGAGUGUCUUCGCUAAGCGAUGCUCAUGGUCGCUUGGCUUUGAUCCUGCAGCAGCAUACCAUUAGCAGCAUCCUCGCGCUGGGUCACGUCCUGGCGGAGGCGAAUAAGAAUCCUACAAAGAUGCAGGAAUGCGACCUUCGCAUUCAGACGCGAUAUGUCGAGGGGAUUCAGGGGGUGCUUGAAAAGGAACAGGUUAGGCUUAACAAAGAGUGUUCAAACUGGAAUGGGAUAAAAGAACAUGAACAGCUUCAUUUUAGUGAGAUUGUGCAGGUCCUAGAACGUCUUGAAAUGGCUGUGGCUUCUGUAGACUGCCGGGCAUUCGUCGUUGAGGAGGUAGACGAGGGAAUUAAGGGGUGCGAUGUGCAUGAUAAGCCAGUUUCUAUUGAAGGGAGCAGUGUUACUGAUCUUGUGGGCCUUUUUGGAAAAAGUUGCGCGGGCUUUGUCUCUAAACUGGUUGUUUAUUGUCUGCAAUGCUUUUCAUCUGCUCUGACCAGUGCAAGUGGCUCCCCGCUGCGAUGGAGCUAUCUUGAGAAGGUGUUAUUCCUAACAGAUUCCGAGAGCCCAGUUCCGACUGUGCCGAUGGAGAUGAGUAGAACACCAUCACGUGGCUCAGGUGACAUGGAUGUGGAUAAAACACCCACACAAGAACGCUCUGAGAGUGUGAGGGCAUGCGACGUGGAUGAGUUGCCAAAAAGAAGGAACACGGAUACCCCUUGGCAGGAGGGUGAGAACCAACUUCUGCGGCUUAUGCAAAAGUUUCGUCCGUGCCAUGAGUACGAGGAAGUUCGACAACUUGAAAUUCUCGUUUGA